AUGUUUGCCUAUGACCGUUUGGCACUCGAUCUGGCAGUCUUCAACUUGAAAGAUGUUGAUUCGGGAAAUUCGUCGUCAAGUGAGAGAUCAUCACCUCCAACACGUAUUAUGUCACAGGCUCAAAAUAUCAACGAUGAGUCAGGAAGCAGUGGAUACGGUAGUCCGACACGAACACCUCUAGCAUCACCGUCGAAUGAUAUAUUCAGCUCUGUUCUUCCACUCCAAGUUCAGCGAGCAUUUUCUGCCCAGAGCCCAGAAGAUAUUGCUCGUCAUUUUGGAGUUUCACCUAGUCCACAAACGGUGAAACCUGUUCCAGAAGUUUCUCAACAAACUCAAACUCAAGCUGCUCUCAGUGCUGCUCAAGCUCUUGCUGCUGAAGACGGAUUCUCUUUGGCUGAAAUUGCUGGAUUCGCUGAGCUUUUGUCUUCUCCAAAGAAGACACCUCCGCCACGUUACCAAUGCCACAUUUGUUAUGCGACCGGACAUCAUUAUAUCUCGGAUUGUCCACAACGCUUCAAUUCUCCGUAUGAUGAAUUGACACCAUACCAAGGCAGAAAGAAGUGUUACGGAGAGUUCACAUGCCAGCUUUGCAAACGCAAGUGGAACAGUCAGAACAGUGUUGCCAACGAACCGCAAAGUUGCAUCAAGUGCCACGUUCCAGUUUUCCCGCAUAAACAACUUCCAGUCGAAAAAGCAGUGACUCUAGGACUCAUUAAGGCUCAAAACGUGACCAAGGUUGCUCCAAUUGGACAUGGAAGACCUCCAGCAAGAAAACAUGAAGAGUCACGACGUCACUGA